GUUCACUUACACGUUCAUCGACUUCGCGGCUUCGUACACGCCGAUCGUGACGCAGCCUCGGAGCAACGCCGAAGCCAGGACUUCCUCCAGGGCUUUGGAUACUGAAUCCAUCCUGAAACGACAAGAACAAGAACGUGUCGGAGUGAGGAAGGAUGUGACCCAAACAAAAGAAUACUAGCCAGCACUCGAGCUAAACUCCCGGCCACUAAUCUGGCUCUGCAACACUUUGAUAUGGUUUACAAGAAUCAUUUAGGAGACUUGUGGCCCUCUGUUCGAGCUGGGAUGCUGUCUGAGCAGAAAUAUGGAGCUUUAAUAAACAGCUACACGUCUGGAGCAGACGACGUGAUUACGGCUUUAUGCUCACAGGGCUGCAGAGACUUUAUCAGAGAUUCAGAAACCGCUGAGAUGAAGCAAGAAACUGAGGAACUUAUAGAGCCUGCAGCAGGAUCUUCUCAUAUCAGCUCCAAUAUUCAGUGUUUCGUCUUUCCGAGAGGAGAUAUAUCCAGAUUUAGACCCGCCAGACCAGGCAGUGAUGGAUUACUGGGGUAUUACCUGCUGGAUGCAGCGUCCAUCCUGCCUGUACUGGCGCUGGACGUCCAGCCAGGCGACUCGGUGCUGGAUCUUUGUGCUGGUCCUGGAGGAAAAACCCUCGCCAUCCUGCAGAGCCAAACUGUCCGGUUUCUCUGGGCCAAUGACGCCUCCGGGUCUCGUACAGCGCGCCUACAGAGGACGCUGCAGAGCUACAUACCUAAGGAGCUCCGGGGGGAGGACAGGAUCCGCGUCACCUCUGUAGACGGGCGCAAAUGGAGGACUAUGGAUGACCACGCUUUUGAUCGGGUGCUGGUGGACGUCCCCUGUACCACAGACAGACAUUCACUGCUGGAGGAGGAGAACAACAUCUUUAAACGCUCCAGAACCAAAGAGAGACAGAAGCUUCCAUUACUGCAGAUCGAGCUCCUACUGGCGGGGAUUCGGGCGACUCGUCCGGGCGGGGUGCUGCUCUACUCCACCUGCUCUCUCUCUCCGCUGCAGAACGAGUGUGUAGUGGAGCAGGCGGUCAGUCUGGCUCAGCAGGACAUGGGCAUCGCCGUGCAGCCGCAGGACCUCGGCGGCUUCACCCGCCUCUUUAAGAACACUUUCCGUUUUGCCCCUGAACGGGCCGUCGGAGAGCUCGUCCUGCCGCACUUGUGUGCCAACUUUGGGCCGAUUUACAUGUGCAAACUAGUCCGACUGGCCUAGAGAGGACCGGGAUGAGGGGUUGUCAUGGUGACCGAACAGCCUCACAUCCGUGCAUGGUGUAGCAUACAGUCCUGCACAGGUCCGGGUUUAUGAACUAUGAACUAUGAACUGUGUGACAGGCAGUGUUUUAUUAGAGCGAAGUGAAACACUAGUGAGGAAAGUUCAGUGUGAUCUUCAGUAUUUUUAUAUAACAUCAAUGGAUCAGAUUCAUUCAUCAAUGUUUAGAAACUGUGUGAAGAUUCAUUUACCACUGAAAUAUCUUUAGCAUAAUUUACAUGUAUGCAUAUUUAUUUACCAUGGUGAUAAAAUGAUCAUUUCUCCUUGAGUUUUGCCACAAAAUCCAGUUUCGCUCUUGAGCUGUUUGUUACUGUUGCCUUUAUUUACCCAACAUAUGCAGAGGCACUGACCUGGUCAUCAGAAAGAUGUGUGGUCAUUGAUUAAAUAUACACUAUAUGAACAAAAGUAUCUGGACACCUUUUCUAAUUACUGAGUUCAUGUGUUUAGACCACAACAGUUGCUAACAGAGAAAUGUAAUAGAGGUGUAAUAAAUCAAUUGUGUACAGGAAAUGAUAUGCUUCAUUUACCUGUAAAGCUCAAGUAUUAUUAUUAUUUUUUUUUUUUAGGGUGGCACGGUGGCUUAGUGGGUAGCACUGUCGCCUCACAGCAAGAAGGUCCUGGGUUCGAUCGCCAGGCGGGGCGGUCCGGGUCCUUUCUGUGCGGAGUUUGCAUGUUCUCCCUGUGUCCGCGUGGGUUUUCUCCGGGUGCUCUGGUUUCCUCACACAGUGCAAAAAACAUGCCACCAGGCUAAUUGGAAACACUGAAUUGUCCUAUAUAUACCUAGCCGCCAGAUGCACAAACCAGUGCACUGUAGUGCCGGUCCCAAGCCCGGAUGAAUAGGGAGGGUCGCGUCAGGAAGGGCAUCCGACGUAAAAACUGUGCCAGAUUCCGCCGGCGACCCCUAACGGGAAGAAGCCGGAAGUGCCGACCCCGUAAUCGAAAAACGAGACAAAGGCUGAGGAACAAGAAGAAGAAUUAUUAUUAUUAUUAUUGUACCACAGCACUUUACUCCUCUUGAUGUGAAAGGGCAGCUGUAGCCGAGUGUUUAAGGUAUUGGUCCAGUAAUUAGAAGGUUGCAGGUUCAAGCCCCAGGACUGCCAGGUUGCCACUGUUGGGCCCUUAAACAAGGCCCUUAAUGCUCAAUUGCUUAGAUUGCAUACUGUCACAACUGUAGGUCGUUUUAAAUGCCGUGAAUGUAAAUAAAACUGCUGCUUUUCCCUCUGGACUGUAGAUGGCAGCAGCGACCAGGAUGUCGGUGCUAAUAUCAAAAACUAAUAAAUGACAAAACCGCCUUUUAAAAUACUGUUUUAACUUUCUAAUAAUAAAGUUCUUUCAAUAAAAAGUCAUAUUUACAAACUAGAAAAUAAA